AGGACUGAAAAAUCUGUCAGUCUAGAGAGUGACAGAACAGACACAUGAUCUUGAGAGGCAGACAGAUGGUCCUCUGACACUUUUUCCUGAAGCACUCAGAAGAGCUGCUCGUUUGAAGUAACAGUAAUUUAGUUACAUCUGUCUUGAACUUGGACACAUUACUCAUAGUAUUCACAUUGCAGUCCAGCUGUCACUGUGCUUGCAGAAGACCUGGUAGAGUGGUUUGUUCUUUCGGAACCACAGGGGCUAUUCUCACUUUUUGUGUCAGACUGUGGCUGUGUUGUCUGACAGACUUAGCAGCAUGUCAAAGGAGGUGAAUUCGGAGAGCGUGUCACUCUGUCCUUUGAACACAGGAGCUGCCACUGAGCAGGACAUGCUGUGUAUCUUUGGGACAGGGGACUUAGGGCGCUCUCUGGGCCAGCGUUUGCUCCAGACUGGCUACAGGGUGGUGUACGGCAGCCGCAGACCCCAGAGCUGUGGCCUCUUGCCUCCAGGAACUCAGGCAAUGAGCCACGAGGCUGCAGCCCAGUCAGCCAGGCUGGUUUUUAUUUGUAUUCACAGAGAAAACUAUGACUUCUUGGAGACACUUGCAACUCAGCUCAAGGGGAAGGUGCUGGUGGAUGUCAGCAACAACCUCAAGAAGAAUCUGUACCCAGAGGCCAAUGCUGAGUAUUUGCAGAGGCUAAUCCCUGGAGCUCAGGUGGUUAAGGGUUUUAACACUUUGUCUGCGUGGGCCCUUCAGAAUGGACCAUCAGAUGCCAACAGACAGGUGUACCUGUGUGGGAACAGUGCUGAGGCAAAGCAGGCAGUAGCAGACGUGGCUACCAAACUAGGCUUCACUGUUCUGGACAGGGGGUCUCUGUCUGCUGCCAGAGAGCUGGAGGACUUCCCCCUGCAACUGUUCCCAGAGUGGAGGCUGCCCAUGCAACUGGCCAUUGGCCUCACUGCAUUCUUCUUCAUCUAUGUUGUCAUCAGAGAUGUAAUCUAUGCAUAUGUUAAAGAUAAUAAAGACAUCUCCUUCAGAAUCAUGGUAUCCUUGGCCAACAAGGUGUUUCCAGCUGUGUCACUCGUUAUGCUGUCUUUGUGUUACUUGCCUGGAGUCAUAGCUGCCUUCCUUCAGCUCUACAGAGGAACCAAAUACAAGCGUUUCCCCGACUGGUUGGAUCGUUGGAUGCUGUGCAGGAAACAGCUGGGACUGGUAGCUCUCGCCUUGGCUUCUCUGCAUGUGCUCUACACUCUUAUCAUCCCCAUCAGAUAUUAUGUGAGAUACAAGCUUGCAGCAAAUACCAUUUCACAGAUCCGGGAGAACAAAACGUCACUGUUUGACACCACCAUGGCCUGGCGUACUGACUCUUACUACUCUAUGGGGGCUCUGGGAUUUGGCCUGUAUCUCCUUUUGGGAAUAACCUCCCUGCCUUCUGUCAGCAAUAUGCUCAGCUGGAGAGAGUUCAGCUUUAUACAGUCCAAGCUGGGCUACCUGACACUGUUUGUCUGCACAUUUCACACCUACCUGUACGGCUGGGAUAUGUUUCUUCGUCCCUCAUACUAUAAAUGGUACACUCUCCCAAACUACAUGCUUAGUUUGGUGGUGCCUUCUGCGGUGCUGGUGCUCAAGCUGCUUCUCCUCCUGCCUUGUGUGGACCGCACCCUCACCCGCAUUCGACAGGGCUGGGAGAGAAGUGAUCCAGAGCACGAAAGCAAGAAAUCACUGCUAACAUCAGGCUAUCACACUACAGAUACAAAUGCAUUAUAAGCACAGUAAACACAGACGCAAAGGCAUAGAUGUCAUUGAGCCAUGAUCAUACAAGUACAAAGAAAUGUAAACACAGUAUUUAAUAUAAUGUUACAGGACGCAUUAAAGCAGCUUUCCUUUUGCUCUGUGUUUUUCUUCAUCAGAAUUUAAGAUCUUUAUUUGUGUUCCUCCAGUAGUGUUACAUAAUCCACUCUGGGAUGUUUUUUGUUGCGUCCUCCUUGACAUCUUCAUUUUAAACAAAAAUCCCUUCAAUCUGAAUUUAUAGUGUAUGUGUAUAAUGUAUUUUACUCACUGAAUUUUUUUUUUUAUUUAGUAUUUUAUACUUGGUUCUCACUGUGUUUCUUUUUUUUUGUCUAGUUAAAGGCCCUAUAUGCUAAUUGCAACCACUGUAAAUGAAAAUAAACAUCAGUGUAGCAGAUCAA